GCCCGCGGGGAGCCUGAGGGAGCGGCGGCCGUGUCCAGGCAACUCCGUGUCCAGGGAAGCGGCGGGAGCGCGGCCCCUCCGAUGCUGCCCACUGGCCAUGGCUUUCAGAGAUGUGAAUGCCAGGAGACACAUUGGACUCCAGCAACUCUCAGCCUUGGCAUCCACUGGGAGAACAUUCCUGGGGCCAGUGAAAUCACAUAAAUUCAUUGUGGAUGAAAUCACCAAGGAGAGCACAUUGAUUUGUUCUGCUGUUAGGCUGCUGGAAAGUUUGGAUUUGACAAGUGCUGUUGGGCAGCUUCUCAAUGAGAGCAUUCAGGCCCAGAAGAAGGAGUUUAGGACGGGGAUGAGCACCCUGUUGUUCCUGGUUGGAGCGUGGAGCAGUGCUGUGAUGGAGUGCCUCCAGCAGAACGUUCCUGUUCCAGCUAUAGUGUCUGUGAUGUCUGAGGGGUUGAACUCCUGCUGUGAGAGAGUCCAGUGUCUUCAGAUACCAACACACGAUGUGAAGAAAGAGCUGUGUUCUAGCAGAGUUAGGCCAAAGGCUUCUGAAAGCAAAACUGGCCAAGCUGGACGUGGUGCUCUUACAAAUCCUUGGGAUUUGCUGUGUUUUCAGAGAGAUAUUUCUGCAACAGAAGAAGUAAUCCCAAUAAAUUCUUGUUCCUAUCAAGGAGAUGAUUGUAAUUUUAACAAGCUCCUGGUUUCACCCUUGGCUGGCUUUGGUUCAGUGGCUUCAUUUGUCAAGGCAGCGGGUGACAAAAGUUCGCCUGCGCUGUCUGGAAGUGCUGUUACUGCUUCCAGCUGUAUCACACGGAAGUUAACCCACAGCAGGCACUUCAGCACUCUAGGGAAAGGCCCUUCUGCAGGUCAGCAGGGAAGUUUUCAGGGACACCUUUCAGGACCACCAGCAGAUGUGUGUGGGUGUUGUGGUUUAGGACCCCUGGCAGUGGCUCUGAGCCACGGAAACCAGAGCAGCGUGAAGCUGCUACAAAGCAUUGCUGCCUAUCAGCAGGAGAGAGCGGAGGGCAGUGGCAAUUCCCAGAUUAAUACAGCGGAGAUUGUGACAUGCUGUGUGCUGGGCCUGCCCGAGAGCUAUUCCUGUGUCUCCCCAGGCUUUGUCACCUUGGUGUCACCAGAGCAAGCCUCAGUCAUCAAACACUUUGCAGACAAACCCCUCCGUGUUCUGCUGAUGGAUGGUGACCUCACGGAGGGGUACCGACACUUAGGGUUUAACAGACCGCCUAAUGUAAGGACCAUCUUGGAGCAUCCCAGUCCACAGGGAUGGGCAGGAGACGCGUGGCUAAGCAGAACGUUGGAUAUUCUGAUGAGCUUUGAAGUAAACCUGGUUUUGGUCAAAGGAAACGUGUGCAAGGACUUGAUGGAGAGGUGCACGGCCAGCAGGAUAUUGGUAGUUGGCUGCGUGGCUCGGGAUGUGCUGCGUGCCUUCGGGGCAGCCACCGGUGCCCGGGCAGUGACGUACCUGAGCCAGCUGAACGCUGCCUCCGUCGGGAGCGGGGCCUGGGCGGAGCUGUGGAAGAGCCGCGAUGGGCGUGCGGUGGAUCUGGGCGAGCUGCUGCCGGCGCGGAUCAGCGCGGGAGGCAUCGCGCUGCUCACGGCCGUGCUCACCACUGCCCUGCCUUGCAAGGCGCAGCUCCUCGAGGACCAGUUCUGGACUUUGCUGUAUCGGCUCCAUCACGCUCUGAAGGACGGCAAGGUUUUCCCUGGGGGCGGUGCGGUGGAGCUCUUGUGCCUCAGUCACAUCCAGGCGCUGGCAGAGCAGCCCGGGCGGCCGGGAAGCGACAGAGCUGUGAGAGAGCUCCCCAGUCCCUGGCUGGCAGAGUACAAACCCAUUGUGCUCCAGGCGCUGGCGAGUGGCUGGAGGCGGUACCUGGCCGUGCUCCUGCGGAACACUGCGAGGGCCGGCUCGGAGCUGGAAGCGGGUGCCUCCGUGGAUCGUCACCUCCGGAAAGCAGCGGCCUGUGGCUCCCCCUCAGCUUACAUUUUGGAAGAGUUCAGGAGAGGUGGAGUGCUCGGGAGUGGCUCUGAACCCUUCCCUGAGCAGGUCACAGGUUUAAGGGUUUGUGAUAACGUUGCAGCCAAGACGGAGGCGUGGAGGAGAGCUCUGGACCUGGUGCUGCUGGUGCUUCAGACUGAUGCCGAAAUUAUCACAGGCCCCAGAGGGCAUCAGAUCCUGAACUCACCUGUGUCAAGCGAAUUUAUGUUUUUAUAGGAUUUUGAGGAUUUGUAAGUCCGUGGGAGAAGGCUGGGUGCAACCUACAUGUCUUUAUAAAGCAAACAGUGAGAUGUGAUUGUGACUUUAGAAUGUAACAGCAGAAGUCAGAAUGAGAGACAGUGACAAAGUGAUUUCUUAUUUCUAGAAAUGAGAAUUAAAUAACAAACAAAAAACCACUUGUGGGUUUAUCUCUAACCCAGGCCAUGCAUUUCUAGCUAAUGGUAUUGCCUGUGUUGAUGUCCCCUAAUGUUUUCUGAAGAAAGGUGGAGAUCUCUUACAUUAUAUUGCUGUACCUGUGUUAAAUGAAAGAAUAUUUGUAAUUAUUUCUUAAUUAAUACCUUUUUCUUAAUUUCUGUACAUUGCAAACAUAAGAGUUAAACUUGAAAUAAUGUGA